UCAACAACUAACCAAUGAAUUGAUGUUAAACUAAUCGUUUUGGUUGCAAAAUAGUUUUCUCAAAACGGCCAAUCUUUAGACUUUUCUCUGGCAUUAUACAAUCUCAGAAGGUGGUCUCGGCCUGGCAUUUCUAAAAAACCGCACAAAGUAGAUACAUUUUUUUGAGAUUUCUAGCAAGGAUGCCUUGUGUUUGGUUGCUCGCCAUCUAGUUAGUUACCGGCUGCAUACCUAGUUGCACUUACAUCGCUGGUAUCGCUAUACACAGACUUGAUCAUGUCUGAGCAAGAUUGUGGAGUUUUUGAAGGACCCACAGGUUCUCAGGAACUUGUCCCAGAAAAGCCAUUAUCAUCAGAAAACAGUGAUGAAAACAUAAUUGCACAAACCGAAAAUGAAGUGGAUACAUGCGAAAAAAAAUUAAAGCGUUAUGAAGGAUCAAGAAAUAGGAAGAACGAACCGUAUGGCAAUGGUAAAGCUAAAUUUACGAACGGUGAUCAUUAUGAAGGAUCGUUCAGGAAGGGUGUAUUCGCCGGGCAAGGUACUUUGAGGCAACGAUCGGGCCAUCGCUAUUCAGGCGCAUUCCGCAAAGGUCUUCGCGAGGGACGUGGUGUUCAGACGUAUCCCGACUGUUCCACCUACGAUGGCGAUUGGAUGAGAGGAGUCCGGCAUGGGUACGGUGUAUAUUCGUACGCAAACAAGGAUGUUUAUGAAGGAAACUGGUGUUUGGAUAAAAAGCAUGGCCUUGGAGUGUAUGCAUUUGCUCAAAAUGGGCUUCGUUUGCGUGGAUCGUGGAACGAGGGACAAUUGGCUGGACCGGUGGAGAUACUGUUUGGAAGCGUUCGGUAUCAUGGAAUAUGGAACGGUACCGAGCUGUCCGAUGCUCACGAGAGUGUGUUUAAUAUCGCAUCGAGAUACUUGCUACGGGGAAUAAUCAAAUGUGGUUCAUUUGACGAGUACGCGUGGACACCAAGUGAAAUCGAUCGAUACAACUUCGCUCGCCUUCCAUUGGAACCGCUUCCGGUUCCAAUUCCCAUGAUGGAGUGCCAGGAAUGCGACAGUUCGGAUGAAUCAAUUCUGGAGGAUACUGUGUAAUAGUGAACAAUUUUGAAACUAAAUAUUUGAGCCCCAGGAACGCUUUAAUGUUAGCUCUCUGGAGCAUAUCGUUGAUAUGAAGUCUUCUUGCUAAAACUCAAUUGCAGAAUUUCUGAGUACUGCUUUGGAACGGAAUGAGACUUUAUGAAAGCAGAAUUCAAUAUAAAAUUUUACUUGAACACGUUAACUUCUUGCUCGGCACAAAUAAAACGCAAUAAAAAUAUAGAAAAAAUAUGUUUUUGGAAGUUUGGCAUACAGGCUACGAUUCAGAUUUAACAUAAAUCCUGCUUAAAGCGCACUUAUUUAACUAAAAUACAAUUUCGUCGGGACAAUCCC